AUGCCUCAACAACAAAUACAGUUUCAACAUACAAAUUCGCCUACAAAACAACCACAACGUCAAUCUUCUUUACAAUACUCUUCUUCACCUGCGAAUAACAAGCGAGAUAGUAUAGCAUCUACAGCAUCUAAGAACAGUAGCAAUAGCAGACGCAAGGGCAACAAUGGCAACACACCUGAAGCAGUCUAUAACAGUGUACGUAAACCAUUCAAUUAUGCUGAGGGAUUUCAUUACUUGAUCCAGUAUGUCACAGAUCGUAUGGCACGUGAGGACUUGAUGCGAAUCAGUAGAGCAUUGUCGCUUUUUAGACCAUCUUUUCUUUCUCUCAUCAUGAAUUUGACAGAAGAAGAUUUGGUGUUUAUGGAAAAAUGCUUCCAACGUACCUUGCUAGAAUAUGAAAAAUUAAUCAGCUUUUCAGGGACACCUACGGUUGUCUGGAGAAGAACGGGCGAAGUAUGUUUAGUAGGCAAAGAAUUCUCUCUCUUGACACAAUGGACCAGAGACAUGCUCCUGAACAAAAAGACGUAUAUUUAUGAGUUGAUGGAAAACCAAUCGGCUGUAGAAUACUGGGAAAAGUUCUCAACUCAUGCUUUUGAUAAUACAGAUAAAGCCUGCAGUUAUUCUUGUAUUUUACGUACACCUCAACAAAAGCCUGUGCCUUGUACGUUUUGCUUCACUAUCAAGCGAGAUAUUUUUGAUUUACCUAGUGUCAUUGUCGGCAAUGUAAGUAAGUCCAUGGUUAUACGCAACCUAAUUCUUUUUAUAGUUUUUACCCAUUCUUAG